GACAGUCUUUGUGAAAGGCUUAGUUUCGACAAGAUGUAAUUCACCAGUGUCUCAUCUCAUUUUAAAGUGGGAAAUCUUCAAGAGCUUCGAGACGAAUGAAGCUUUCUUCGUGAUGGCAAAUCCUCCGUGGAACAGGGCACCAAAUUCAAUUUCGUAUGCACGGAAAAGGUAUUUGUUUAUAUGUGUCUCUUUUUGUCUAGGUUCUAAUACGCUAUCCGCGAGUACGCGCUUUCUUUAUAAUUUCUUUGUUUACCUCGAAGAAAGACACCAAGGUUAGAGACAGAAUCCCAGUUUUUUUUUCUUUAAUUUUUUGUGCUUCCCGUCUUAAACUGUCUAUAUUCGAAGUGAUCUCAUCUUAAAAAAUAACAUUCAAUUGAGCUUAGAGGAGGUUUAGCGGAUUAAUACCAAUAAUUGAAUUCUACUUUUAAAAAAGGCUAUAAAAAUAAAUUGAGAAAUGUUGACCUAGCUAAAAUUAAAAGUAUUCUUUCUUAGCUGGAUGAAAAGAUGAGGAAUUAAGUUGCUUCGAUGCUGAAUAAAUUCGAUAGUUACAGUAUUUUAAUACUAUUAAAAUAGUAAAAUUUUCUUAGAAUUCACUCUGGUAGCAAUCGCUUUCUAUGCCUGAGCGAAUUGUUAUGACUUUUCGGACCCGAACUUCCUUAAAAUAUACUGAGGCGAAAAAAGCUUUGUUUCACAAAAAAUCCGUCGAGUGAGAAUGGAAUAGGUUAUUUUGCUGAAAGCUUAGUCGUCUCCAAGAUGCCCACUUCAGAACUAUAAAAGAAAAACUCGAGCUUCGGAAACCUUCAAUUCAUCAGUCAGUACUAAUUUUGUCUGAGACUCGGUAAUUAUUUAUCGCCAUAGACUGAUUGAGUGUUUUCAACUCAUACGCAUCUCACAUUUAAUAAAACAAAUACAAUAUGGCAGUUUUUUAUUUUAUAUACUUUUAAGAAUUUUUAGUUUUCCCGAUCAGUUCGGUUCCACAUCGAGCAUGUUCGUGGUAUUAUCGAACACAAAAAGUGUUUAGCCAAAAAGCCUGAUACAGGUUUAACUAUGUAUGUACAUGAAGGUGCCGCGAAUAGCGGGUAUAUGGUGUUUUGCUGGAGUAUUUUUCACUACUGUCAAAAACACUGUGCUUUCAGAAUCGGAUUCUGUUUCCGGACGAACACAAUGGGAGAAAGGAACGUUGCAGAAGAACGUUUUUAAUGUUUCUUAUUUGCAUCAACAUUAAGCCUUAUGCGGUCAACGAUUUUCUGCAAAAUCAGUCACAAUUUUUUUGAAGGACUAGCAACGCGAUGAUAGCUGAAUAAACCAAAGCGGUCAACUCUACUUUCCACACUGCUAUAAAACGGAAAACAACAAACUGAACAGACGAAAAACGAUAUCCCUUUGUUUUAUUAAAGGUGUUUUCCGUUUGAGCGUGUAUGGGGAAAGUUCCACGUUAAGAUCAGUCAGCUAGUUGUGGGGUAGGGUAGGGCAUAUAAUGAUGACAACAUUGGGGAUGUAGAAGAAGAAAGGCGAAUGGCCUGCGAUAUAUUUGUGUCGUUACUGCAGUUUUUCUGAUGUUAUAUUGUUCCUAUCCAAAAUGACCAGAUACUAGGCCGAAGGACUACUUAGAAUUUUAACAAAUAUUGCUCAUACUCUUCUUAUAUUUUGCAAGUCUCACUCUCUUUACCGUUUAUGUCAUUUUUAAUAACAUGGGUGCUCAAGUAAACUUCUUGUAGCUGACAUAAAAGUUUUCUCUUUAAAUUCAUGAUACAAUACUAUAUCAACAAACUUCAUUUUCACUUUUUUCACAGUACAACUGAAGAAGGCCAGGCCUAUUUUGAACAUUUCACUCCGAUUUAUCCACAAAUUUGAAUAUUUCAAAGAGUUUAAGCAUUGCGCGCGAUUGACGAAAUUGCGAAGAAUUUCCUUCCGUUCUAAGAGCGUGAGAGGCGCGUGUAAUGGCACGCGACAUCUCACGUUCCAGUAAGUUGGUAAUACUGAAUGUAUAAUGUUGGUAAUAAUGUAUCAAUUAACGGUCAGACUCCAACCCAAUGAACAAUUAUAAAUCUUGGGUAUACACGUUCUCAGCAAUACUUUUUCCUUGUUAGUUAACUUCAAAGUAUGUUCCGAAUGUAAUUGCUGAUGGGUCAAAUAUUAGUUUUCUUCUCAAAAACAUCAUAUAUAUAAAACGUUGAUUUGCAGAAUUCCUCCCUAGUCACCCGUAACUAAAGAGUAUACACUGUUUCUCUAAGAGGCGCACGGAAAAACCGUGUUUCAUCGUCAAGCUAGGUAACUUUCAGAUCAGCAACACCUUGAUACAUUAUAUCGUGUUUCCAUAAAUGAAAACGUCAAUGCUUUCCACUCUAAUUCACUUUGGUUUGGAAAGACUAAGACUCGCAGUGUGCGCUUUGAAGUCCAACAACUCGUGAAUUUUUUUAAUGUAUUUAAAUUUGUUAAAUUUAUUUAUCGUUCGUGUUACUCGCGGUAUGAGGGGGCAGUUUUUCAGAUUGUUUAGCUUUUCUCGGGGAUUGUAAUGUAUAAGAAGAUGCAUUAAGGAUAGCGAUAGUUUUAAAUAAAUGAUGAUUUGACAGGUGCCAUUUUUGUUUGAUGCUUUUAAGCGGAAGGGAAAUAUAAAUUGAGAGAAACAAGGAAUAUAUUUAUUAUAAAUAUAAUCUCACUAUACAUGAUAGUCACGUAUACACUGAGAUGAAGUAAUUAUAAAUGUAGAAGUCAAUAAAAGUUACAUCUUAAAAAACGUAAAAAAAAAGGAAGAGAAAAAAGUCGACGGAGUUUUUGAAAAUUAAACGAUUUUCCCGGGUAUCCUUUUCACCGCCAAACAAAUCAUCGUCUCGAGGGCAACCGAAGUAAGGAGCCAAUCAAAAAACACCUUUUAUUGCAAACAAAUAUGGCGGCCUAUCAGACGGACCUAAAUCAUGCUGAAGGAGUUUCUAUGCCUUCUUGUGUCGUAAAUUUCUAUUCGAUUCUUUAAAUAGAGGGACAAAAAGUGAGAAAACUUUAUUUAAGAUGGAUUUCAGGUAUGUUUUAUUUCGUAGAUGCAAGAUCCACCUCUUCGUGCGUUGAAUUUCUGGCUGACAAGUCGACUUUCACCUUUAUAUCCUUCACUCUGAAGUCAUACUCUUUUCAUUAAGCUUAUAAUAAUUUAGGUCCCACUGGAAUUAUUGAUUUGCAUUAAUACUAUUCCGAGUAUGAGCCCAGCUUGAGGAUAAAAAAGAUCUCGAGAUUUUAAUCCAAUUCUCCUCAUUUUAAAGCUUAUACAUGCAUGUACUCGUCGUUGUAACUAGCUUAAGCUUCAUUUCUUUGAACGUUUUAAACUAUCCAUAGAGGAUAACAUUAAUAGCAGAUUGGUAUGCUACACAUGUUAGAAGUUACAACUUUGUCCUAGCAAUGGAAUUGGCAUCUGCGACUGUGUUGAUAAUGUGGCAUUUAAGCCCAGUCUCACUGAAUCAUUCUUUGCCGCAUGUAGCAUGACUUUUUGUGUACUAGUGUACAAAAGGAGACUGUCAGAAAAUUUUGCCCCAGGAGAGACGUUCUGUGGAUUUACACCAAUAAUUUAAAUUUUCACCAAACUUAUGUGGUAUUUUUCGGUGUCUUGCGAAAAAAUAUACAGAAAGCAACCAAUGUAAGCUUAACAAGAUCCAUCCACUACUAGCUAUUUGGGAACCAUCCCGUACUGUGGAUUCCUUUACCAACAUUUUGUCACUCUAUAUGUCACCCUUCUCUCCUGCCCAAAUCAGAUUUUUUUGUUUUCCUGGCUGAUAAGGAAAUGAGGCCCUCUUUCUGUCCAUUAUAACCGUUUUGAACACGUAUACAAGAGUCACCAAAGCCAGAGCAUUAUAAUUUUGUCGCUAUUUCCAAGAGCAUUUAAUAUUCAAACAAUUUUUAAUAUUAUUUAAUCUUUCUUUUGUCAUCAAUAGGCCAACUGGAGCUCCCCAAGGCUAUUCAUUGCCAUCUAUAACAGAUUCAACAGAGAAGUCUCUCCGGCGAAACAGUCCAUCUCACGAAGGUGGGCGUCUCAGACACCUUGAAGGUCGAGUGAACAUAGGUGAGCAGUCGAACAAAGCCCUCUUAGAGGAACUAGUCCGCUUGCAAGGAGAACUCAAAGGGAGUAUCCGACGCAACGAGGACACUUUGAGAGAAGAACGAGAGGAAAGACUUGUACUGUCAGAAAAGAUUCAAGCAGCAAAUAACUUAUAUACCCAAAUGAUGAUGCGGUUAUCCCGAGCUGAGGAAAAAAUUGAAUCAGAACACAAUACUGUUGGUUCACUUGUAAACCACACAAAGCAAGUAGAACAAGCUUUAAUGGGAAACCAACAGCAGUUAUUGAGUCGACGAGAACAAAUAACUGUGCAUGUUGAGCGUAUGAGAGAUGACGUGGAGGACUUAAGAGAAAAUUAUGAGCAACUGCAGAAAAAUAUGAGAGCUGUGAAUGAUGAUGUGAGAACGAUGAAAAGCAAACAUGAAGUUCAAACUGUUCAGUUUGGAACUGUGGUACAGGAAAUUAGACAAAGAAUAAAAAAGCUGGAAGGCGAUACCAGUAAUGCGGUAAGUAUGUGGAUGCUCAAGUCAAAUGUCUUUUAUUUCUCAUUUACAUCUAAUACAAUUCUUGGCCUCCCGAUGGUCCUCCGUAAUUAAACAUUCUUACUUUCUUCCUUGGGAAUAAAACAACCCAAAUACAGUUAAAUAAUUAUUGGUAUUAUGGUUUUCCAGUUGUCUUCAUUAAAUAAACACCGUGACGACCAGGAUACAAAGGAAGCAAACUCGUUUCAGUUCAAGAAUGCCAUUGAAACCAGGUUUGUUAGCAUCACUCUAACCAGAGCAGUGGGUAUGAUUAGCAGAGUAGAAUGAGGGUAAGGGUAGUGUGUAAGACAGUUAUAGUGGGUGUUUUGGAGUGUGUUCUUCCAGUGUUAUGUUUUUUCUUUUAAUAGCUUUGUACAUACCAUGCGACUGAAAUUUUUAACAAUGUGUGGCAAAUUGUGGAUGGUUAAUAACCGCGAUCGAUUCGCUCUUUGCCAGGGCUAUUUGCUCGGCUUACAAGUAGAAACAUCCCCAUUUAGUAGAGUUGCAAAUGUACUGAAAAACUUUUUUUAACUUUUGGCUAUAAGCCGAGACCGCCUCUUGGGCUCAAAUUUUACUGAACUUUAGCUUUAAUUUGCUCAAAAAUCGCUCUGCUUAUAGCCAAAUAAAUACAGUAUACACAACAUAUUAUUUUUUGAUUACUCUGUAUAUAUUUAUGACUUUCAACCUCAUACAGGUUGGCUGAUAUGAAGGAAAUUACCACAGAACUUAGGAGACGAAUUGAAACAGAAGAAAAUGAGAGAAGGGUUGCUAACCAACAGAACCAACUCAAGUAGGCAUAUAAAAUAAUGCUCAAAUGUUUUUCGCAAUAGUUAUUGAAGUGACGUAACCAUCUGGCCCCUGAGUCAUUCAGAAGGUGGAUAACAGUAUCAAGCGGAUAAAUCUCUAUAAUUCAGAGGAUAGUGCUAUUAGUUUCUCUAAUACUUAUCCUUUGGAAAGUGAUUUAUGCAGUAGAUAGUCUUUCCCAGGACCAGGUGUUUUCUAGAAUUUAAGACUUCAUGGACCACAUGCUCCUUUUCAAAGUCAGUGUAGAUUGGUGUUUCUUGAACUCACCUAAUGACUGAUGAUAAUUGUUGUUUUGUUUCAGUCUUGAGCAGCUAAGAGCUUUUGUGCAAGAAAGCAACAAUAAGCGGGAGGAAGAAAUGUAUGCAAGUGCUAUGAAUUCAAAGGAGAGAGAAAACCUACUUGAGAAUGAACGAACCAUGAUUGCCAGUAAACUUGCAGAACUUUCUGAAGAGCAAAGCAAAAAGAUGCUGCAAAAAGAGAUUAGACUCAGAGAAGAUGCUCAAUCCAAGUUUGUACUGUUAGAAAAGGUCUGUAAACCAAUGUUCUCUACAAUUCCUCACAAAGAAGAAGGGCACUGCAUGAAGCCAAAAUGUGUCCCGCAAUUGUUUCUGGGAUCAUUACUGGGAAUGCAGCACUUGUUAGUGUUUAGCCAAUUUUUUCCCUGUCCCUAGCUAGUACGUAACAGUCCCAGAAUUUGCGAAAGUGACAAAUGUGUCAUAAAGUUCCCGUAUUCAGGCCACACCCUAGUGUUCCCCAUGGAGGGGAAUUAGUUCUCUUUUACAUGUAGCUAUAGGCUUUGGGUUUUUUUUAGAAAAUUUGAACUUUGACUUUCCCCCGCUCAAAACUUCCCAUGAUCAUGCAGAGGAGGAUAAAAGAGUGGUAGUUACAACUCAAAUCAAAUUAAAUAGCUCAACUAUUUUUAUAAUUAUAAGUAUCAGUCAUCCCUAGGGGGGAGGGGUGGGGCUACUCAACAAAGACAAGAGGCUCCUCCCCGAGGUCCAACCCCUUACCCUUUUAGGAUCAAUUUAGGUUUUUGGAAAACUGCUGACCCACCCCUCCCCUAAGCCAUCAUUUUGUCCUAGGCGAGAAGUGAGUGUUAAUGUUAGCCAAGGGGAGGGGUAGGUGAGCAGUUUCCCAGGAACCUAAAUUGAUACGCCUUUUACAUAGCAUUUUAGAAAGGUGCCCCUUUUGUCCACCUUGCAUUGAAAAACUGGACCCGUCCAACAUACCUAAAUACUUAAAUGAUAGAUUUCCUACCUUCUUUCAUGUACUUCAACUUGUGAAUUCCGUACUCUUUGAUAUUAUACCUGAAGCCUGAAAACAGUAUUAACCCAUUCCCUUUUCGGUUGCGGAGCCACCCUGUAUAGGCCGUUUAAUAGGGAGUACCUCCCCCGGGACAGUCAACCAACUUCUGUCGAUAAUUUUUGGGGUCAGUAGUGAUUUCAUUUGUUGGCUCUUAAUGAAUAAUUGUCUUAAUAAAUUAUUCAACAGUUCAAUCAAUCUCUUUUUGUUGUUGUCAGAAAUUACGGGAGGAACAGGCCGCAAGACUGGUGUUUGAAAGAUCAAUAAGAGAGGAGAUGGAGAGACGCUGGCAGUCACUGAAAGGUUAUACUGAUGAUGAGGCACAAACCUUGCGACAUUCAGAACAGGUGAUCUACAAUGUUUCGUUUUUAAAGGGGAUAUAUAUGUCAUGCUAUUUGCUAUCUUUAUAAAAAGCUAACACGUGUCUUUGCAUGAGCCCAGAUUUAUUAUUUAAGGCCAUAUUUAGGUACUGGAAUUAUUUUAUGUCAUCUGUCGCUACAGAUGGCGUGGAUGGACAAAGUUUGAAACUUGAAAAAAUUGGGCCAACUUUUUCAAGUUUCAAUGUCAUGCCUCAAAAAGUCACCAAAAUAUUGUUAUGGUCAGUGCUUCCCAAUAAAAUUUGUUUUAUGUCUUCUUCUUAAAUAUACACAGGGGUACCCAAUGACUGUUUUCUGUCAAAUAUCUGUUCGGAGAAGCAAAAACUGCCUAGAAUUUUCUAUAGCUUGAGGAAGGAUAAAAAUUUCUAGAUGACCGUUCCAUUCAUGUACAAUUUUCGAAGCUUAUCUAAUAAAUUCCUUACGAUUUUCUCAAGUUUAAUUUAUCCCCUGUCACUCCCCAGGUUAAGCUAUUUUUCUUGGUGAAAGGAAACCUAAAAUUUUCGGAACCCAAAAUGCGAUGCAGAGAGGAAUCAGAAAAAUUGUCACCUUCAUAAAACUUUAAAUUGCAGCUAAAAUUUUCAGGACAAUAAUGCUGAAGCCCUUGUGAGACUCAAGACUCAAGUUGCCCUAGGAUGACCGAACAGAAAAAAAUUUUUUUAAAUCGCCACCUAGAAUACAUUUCUAGAGAUCUAAAUUACUCUGAUCUGGAUAGUCUAAAAAGUGUUUUCAAUGCAUUUAGGAGGAAACCGUCGUUGGGUGCCCCUGAUAUCAUGAUAUACAGGAGCAUUUUGUGUAUUGAUGAAUGCACUAAGACUUACUAAGUAAUGACUUCCGCACAGAAUUUACUUAAAACGGCAGUAUCCUCGUGGCAUAGCCCCCUUUUAGCUACAGCUUUAUGUUAAGCUGAAAAUGGAAAUAGGAUAUUAUUGACAUGAUAAAACGGGUGUUGCAGUCUGUCUCUGUAACUGGGCAAUCUCUUCUUUCAGUUGGCCCAAGCGAGAACUGACCAGAGCUUUGCACGUCUGAAUGAGUCCAUAUCUUUAUUGGAAAGACAAAUGGAGGAAGGAAGAAAGGGGAUUGAAAAGGUGUUACAUGCCGAGAUCACAUCAAGGUAAAUAUAAUAUCAUUUCCUUGCCCGAUUAAACAGCCGACAUUUGGCGACGCUACCACUGGUUUCCCCGCGAAAUGACGUCUGAGCAACAAGCCCAGAAAUUCCAUACUGAUGACGCGUCAUUAGCCAGAUCUGGAUAGUGCCUCUGAUUGGUCGUGCCGCGUGGGAAAUUUGCUUCAACCAAUCACAAGCACUACCCAGAUGUGCGAUAACAUUUCAAACACUUGACAUUUUUUAUGCUAGAAUGGUCCAGUUUACGUGCAUGUUUGUGAUCGAGCCAAUAUUAAGCUCAGAUUUGACAGAUUUCUUAGCAGUGGUUUCAAGUUUAUUUUUUGUUUAAGUAAAUUAUUAGUAACUAUAUAAAGGAGAGCUUCGCUUUUAGCCAUGGCUAAAUCUGUUUAUUAUCUCAUUAUUUUGCGUUUCCUAUCACCUUAUAUCUAGGCAGUCCCAAAGUGAUAAACUGUCCAACAGAUGCAACCAGCUGCAGGAAAAACUCAACAUGGCGAUCAGUACAUUGCAACAAGCGCUGGCGGGAAUCAACUCACAGGUCGCUGAGACUGUGGAAAAGGUAAUUGAUUGAAGGGGUGGGGCAUGCAGAGGUGGUGGAUACUUGGUUAUAGUCUCACAUUUAAGGUGAUGUUACACGGGACGAUUGGCAACGACGAUUUUUAGCGGAACUUGGAACAAUGUUGUAACAAUUCAAAACAACGUCGCAACAAUGUUGCAACGCUGUGUUGCGCUAAAAAUCGUCGUUGCGAAUCGUCUCGUGUAGCGUCACCUCUAGGCCCCGUCCAAAAGUAUCCGGGUUUUUUUGAAAACGGAGAUUUUUUUCUUCCGUUUGACAAAAAAUUCGCGUCCUUGCGUAGCGUAUUGGAAUAUUUUUUCGCUCGUCCACAGGAAAACGCUAAAACGAUGGAAAUACGAUAACAUCUCUCACAAAGAUGCCUAAUGCUUGCCAUAUAUGAUGCAUGACAUCAUCAUAUUCGAAGACCUCCGUUUUAGGGUCUGUUUACAUGUAGGUGGGAGACCCCAGGUAGGUGAGGUAACCCGUGGCGGGUCUCCCCACCUAUCAUGUAAACGGGAUCAAAUUAAAAUGAGAGAUUAUGUGGACAGGCGGGUUACCUCACCUUCCUGGGGUCCCCCACCUCCAUGUAAACAGGCUCUUAGUCCAUCUACACGUAAACGAAAAGCCGGCGUUUUUAAAAAUUUCCAUUCUGGAGUGCAUUUUUGAAAAGAUGUGUUUACGAUGACCGUUUUCACCAGAUAUAUGUGGACGGUGGUCAGAGCCUUAAACUUCAUGUACAUGUUUUUUUUUAAAUUAAUGUUUGGCUUAAUAGUGAACUUCGCUUUCCUUUUUGAGAAGGUAUUCUUCAAUACAUGUUAUCUGGCCAUUACUCUAGAUCGAGUGCUAUAAAGAAUAUCUUGUGUUCUGUUUGGAUUUAAGACAAAAGAGGAGCUGAAGUCGUUGAUGGACAAAAACAACAACUCGGGGGUCAAAGGACUGGCUGAUGUUGAUACGAGGCUAAAGAAGCUGAAUAAGAGAGUAGCAGAUUUGGAGGAAGCCAUGAGAAAACUGGAAAAGGUAUGGAGUCUUAUAAGCUGUGCAGAAAAUCGAAAACAAAAUGGCCAAAUUCGCGGCUAGUUGGUGGUUGAUCAGCUUUGUAAAAAACAAAGUUUUCCUUAAAUAUGGAAGGGAGCUAAAGCAACGAUGACGGCGACGGCCACGAGAACGGCAAAAAAAAGCAUUAGGUUUAUAUUAGCAAAACAACAACUUUGCACGUGCAUCACGCAUUUUUCUACAUUUCUGAGCUGCUGUUGCACGACUGCAACGUGAAAGUGCCUUAUUUCACGUUUUGUCGAGGACGGGAAUACAAGACAUCAACUUUCUUUUUCUUCUCCUGAACUUUGAAACAGUCUUUAGUUUUAGAAUUCAACUCCAAAAACAUUUGACGAAUUAAACGCGAGAUGGAAUAAGCGUGAUUAAGUUUCAAGCACCGCGAAUUCACUUUUUUAAGUAACGUUUUUGUAGCCGACACCGUCGUUGUUGCUUAGAGCUCUCGACUUUUUACGACGUUUUGAAGGUUAAAAAAGCUAAUAAAUUCAAAAAGUAUUUUGAUUAGUACUGCUAUGUAGCUUGUUUUGAAACCCUUUUUUAUUCCCGUUUUAACCUCCCCCCCGCCCCACCCCCUUGUUUAGGAGCCCUCAUUCAAUAAGCCCCAGGAGCUCAUUCAAUAAGCCUUAAGGUUUCUAUUUGAGCUUCGUCGCCAGAAAAAUACUUUUAAUUCUUUUACUUAUAAUUCACGUCUCUUUAAUCUUUAAAUAACAUUUUUGUAAUAUAUUGAAUGUCUGUAUGUAUAUGUGUUUUUUUUUCUGGCAAAUAAAUAAACUGAAACUGAAACUAAAACCCAUUACGAAGUUGUAUAAGCCCGUGAAAACUGGUCAUGAGCAGUUUCUCCCCACCUGGAAUACCCAUUUUUUAUGCUCUUAGAAGAGAAAAGAAAUAGAUGUCCUUCUUCUUGUGAUAAAAAGUAAAACUUUAAAAAUGCUUUAAAACAUUUAGUUCUUAAAAUAUACAAAUUGUGUCUUUGAUAGGAUUUCAGAAACGAACAAUGCAACUGAAAACUGAUAGUGGCUCACUUAAAUUGUUUUUUUUUUUUUCGAAUUCACGCAUUCACUCUGUGAUAGGAAAUAAAUAGAUAAACAAAUUUUAACUAUUAACAGUACAAUUCCAGUCGAGAAUUAACAAAAUUGGCAUUGAUAAAUGCAGAAAUUAUUAGAGGCAAAUUCAACUUAAAAUAAUCAUUAAUCAAUUGAAUACCCUCUAAGUUUUACUUAUUUUAUAACAUGACUAACUUUAAGCCUUUUUGUGUCGAUUGUGAUAUACAGAUUACUCAUGCUGGCCGAACACAAGAGGUAAAAUCUCAUCUCAAUCAACAAUUCACUGAUAAUGACCACCAAGUACCCCAUGUGAUUAAUUUGACCAUUUACACACUGCAUCUAAAGAAUAAAGUCACAAAAAUGCAUGUGUUAAAAGUUAAACAGCACAAUACCUUAACCCUUCGCAGUUAUACUUCUACAAAAAUGGGUCUACACAAGUAUGUGGAACGAAGUCACCGUGUAAAGGUGUUUUUGUGUGUCUAGAACAAAACACACGCAACGUAAGCUUAAAACAUCACUAGAAAUUAACGUCUUUUUACUCACCAGGAAAGUAGUAAGUAGUAAACAGUAACUCUAGUCGCGUUUCCUACGAAAAAAAUGGGUAAGGAAGGGGUGACUUUAGCUCAGUUAAAUAUCACCCUUUCAGCGGUGUACUGUAUUCUGGGGUAACCUCCUCUUGAAAUCAAAGUUUGAAUUGAGGUAAUGUCGUUCGGUCCGAAGAACCGUUUGCUAGAGUAGUGUGCGGUUCCCAGGAAUAUUCAUCCUCCAUUUCAAAAACAGUGCGAAUGGGAAUAAAAGAAAAUAUCGCGAAUUUUUGGUUUUGGUUAGUUUCCAUUUGACACGGUCUACUUCACUGUCGCUGUUGCUUAACGUUCCGUUGUAUUGUAAACAAUAACUGUUAAAUAAUUGUUCGCUGUACUUCUCUACAGCUCGGAAAUUCUGACCAGGAAGAGAGAAACAGAAGGUUAGGGGAGGUAGCUGGUUGGAAAGAGGAUACUGACCAACAGUUUAGAGAUGUUGAAGAUAAACUAAGACCUUUGCCAGAUGAGGUUUGUGAUAUGUUUAUUAGAGAUGAAAAUUCAGACGUUUAGAUUCUAAGACGAAGAUGACUAUGAGAGAGAGAUUUUCUCAAUAAUGAGUAGUGCGCGUGCGUGAGCGUGCGUCAUGCAGGAAAGCCGUGGUAGCCGUCGUCAUUCUACUACGAGUUUUAGCGAGAUUGAGAUUGUCUUAGAAACAGACACAAGUUAUCAGAUGUUCGUAGUUUUAUCCUUUUGGGAUGGUGAUAAGGCUUUACUUCAAUCAAUAAAAAUAACUGUGUUAACUUUUCUGGUGGAAAAAAAAGUUGCAUGAAUCUUUGCUUGUUCGUGUCUGUAUUAUGACAAUCCUCGAAAAAACUUCAAGUCAAAUCUCGUCCUCCACGUCUUCGAAUCAAAAGAUCUCUAAUAUUAAACAGUCGUUCAUCGGACAAUGGUCCUUGUCCAACGAAAUCUUAAGUGCCGUCGGACAUGACGUCUAGCUAAAGUUAACACCAAAGACUGCCUUUUUCCAGAUGAAUAAAAACUACCUUAUUACAUGCGGAUUGUCGUACCAAUGUAAUAGCGUUGUUGUAGUGCUGUUUUGGCAUUCAUUGCGUUGUAGAAAUCUGCUUGAAAUAAAAUAUUCAGAUGUCUUUAGCUUUUAAGUGUUCCAAAAAUCAUAGUUCAAGAGAUUUGUGACAAAACUUUUCCGUAUUCUUAUUCCGGAAUACAAUCAAAUGUAGUAUGCACCGUAUUCCCGCGCCUGUCUUUCACAAUUUUCGUUAAAGCCGCGUAAUUAAACUUCGAUAGGCUGACUUAAUGGUGACUUAGCCUGACAUAUGUCUCUGUCUCGUCAGCGUAAUGUGUUUGCUGUGUCUGGUCAAAGCAAGUUGACCAAGUUUAUUGUAUUGCCUUGAUGCACACGCCCUACCGUACGUCAUUAGCGUGCUUUAGGAGAAAUCAUGCAUUGCGACGCCGUGGAUCAAAUUUUCCUUCUUUCUUUGCAUUUCUGCUGAAAUUGUUGUUUAUCAUUUUCUGGCAUUGUAGAUUGCUGAACUCCGGAGCCAACUUGCGGCACUAAAAGCUGAGCUCGAAGCAAAGGAGGAGGCCGAAAGAAGAAAAGCAGAAGAGUAAGUAUAAUUUUUAAGGGGGUUAAGAGUUAUGGUUUGGAUAUUUUUGGGCUAAUCUUCCUUAAAACAUGAAUGGAUAAAUUCUGCCUGGUUUAUCUUCAGACGUCAGCCCACACCGCCGGCACAGGAACCCCAACCUGAACCCGAGCGUGAACCUGAAGAAGCUAAACAAGAGGAGGACACAGGAGACCUGCGAAACAAGGUGCAGAAACUUGAGGAGGAUGUACAGCAAGUAAGUUAUCACAAAGUGUCUUCAUAUAUUCCACUAUGUUGUUUGCUUUCACGCUAGUUUGUAACGAAAACAGGACUAUCCAAGCAGCCAUUUUUAGCGGCUUUUAUUUAUACUAUCAUAAGUUUCAUUGAUGAAUUUUUCAAUUACAGACUUCUUCCCAAGUAGCUAAGCUGGAAAAUACUGUGGAGACGUUACGGACGGUUUUGACGCAGAAAAUACUGUCAGAGGCACAGACGGUAAGCUGCCAUAUUAAACUAAACUUUCUGUAACUAAUUUGGUUCUUUUGUAGCUCGGCCGUCCUGAUGGUAUCCUUCUUUGGGCAUCAUUGAUGUUAUUAUUAUUAUUAUAUUUAUUUAUUUAUUUAUUGUCUAUCAGUAUAUCUACUUAUUUAUAAAAACUUCUUUGGUAGAGUUUUCUUUAAUCCCCUCAUGUGACGGUCACCCAUGUCCGCCAUGUUGUAGUUUUCAUUUUGAGUCAUUGACUGUUUAAUGACAUUGUCUUUGGAAUUUUGGAGUAUUUUGAGCAAAAAGAGGACCUAUGCGAACUUAGUGACCAAAAACCUUUCAUUUAAGACCCGUGGAGCACAAGCGUGGCUUCCAUAAAAUCGUUCGAAUCCCCUCGAUUGCUGGGACGAUUGUGAUGAUCAAGAGGAUCGGGACGAUUAUUUUCCAACCAGUCAGUAAACAGACUUCAGUUCUAUUCAGGCGAUUGCGAUCCACCCAGUUGUCUGGAACGUAAUGCAUCUUAUCAGAAAUCAGUUAAUUCCAGAAGAUCGUCUCAAUCGUCAGAGCAUUUUUUGGGAGGACUCGGGUGAUCGAGACAAUCUUUUACAAACCUAGUCGUCUGGGUCGUCUGGCGUCAGAGAUGUCUUUAUAAGAAUGUCUCGAUCGUCUGAACACGUUUUGAGUGGAGUUGGGUGAUUAUACGGAAAACAGGCUUAACGACGAAACAGUUUCUCUUUCCGCUGGUUGUGUAGUUAUUGUAUCGAUCUUGAAUUGCUAACAACACGUUGCUUUGGAAAGCGCUUUUUCAAGGCACAGGUUACUAACUGUGACAUUUUGGCUCACUCUAUUUCAGUUUGAAGAAUCCAUUUGUUGGUCAAUACACCCUGUAGUUUAUUGCAAUGUUAGAGUUAGGCUGAUGGUGCAAAAUGUAACUGUAGAUUUCUCUUAUAACUUCAGUCUAAUUUUGGUUGUAAGAGCCACUUUCUCGAGCUCCGACGGCUGUCCAUCAUUACAUAGUAAUUUGUUUUGAAGUGCGUAGUAUACUGAUGCAUUGUUUCUACCACACUGAACAGCGAGGCGACUCUAUUACAGAACUGAGGGAGCAGUUAGACCGGAUAAAGUCCAGUAUGUUGUUUGUUGCUCAAACCGUGUGUGGUAGUGUCAUGUUUGACUAUGCAGUUGUGUUGUUGUUAUUUUCGUUAUUGUCAGCAUUCACUUGUUCUCUGAUGAACAACGUGAUGUCCAAAGUUUGACAAAUGUGUUCUUGAGUCCUUGUAAACUUUCCUGCCUAGUAUAGAAAACUAAAACCCUAUUUCUGGAACUUUAAGGCAAACAAAAUAUAACGAUUGUCAUGAAAUAUUGAGAAUUAAGUUUUAGGGCAAUCUUUUUUAAAAACUCAUAAAGCGCUUAUUUCCUGUUAACAGAAAAAAUAAAAAGAUACCGAGAAAGAUCACUGAACGUUAAAGAUACCUGUAUUUACUAAACGAUAACUCUUUCGAUUUCUUCCAAACAAACCAAGAACCUAGUUAUCCUAUAACAUCUGAGGUAAAAUAAUACAACUUGUUUCAGUAACAAGCUCGCUGAUAUAUCACCUGGUCUAACUUUGUGAAAAUUAACACUUUUUUGGAUCUGUAAAUGAGAUAACUCAAUCGAUCAAAUAAAUUUCCUGAGUCUCGGCUCCAAAUAAUAGCCAAGGGAAUGAGCUACAUGAAAGUGAAUGUGUUCCUCGCAGAUGAAUGAAAAACCUAAGCGGAAUAAACUAUGAUUCUGUGAUGAAUAAGAGAAAGAUAACGACAGGUAGGAUUUCUACACUAAGGUUAGGGCGCUGAUUAAAUUACAAAUCUGUGCUUAAAAGGACAUGUUUAAAUAAGUGAAAAAAGAUUCCGAAAAUCCUUAAUGUAAAAAAUUGUUACAUCAUUGUGUUCUUGACUAGUUAAUACUUAGCCAAUAAGGACAAUCUCUUUCAGUCCUAACAAGUGAAUUUGCCUGUUUUUUCAACGAUUAAUUUAAGUGCUAGCUAAGUGAAUGCAAUGUUGCUUCAGUAAACCUCGGUACUUUCACGGGCCUUUUGAACCUUUAACCAGGAAGGCAAAGUUGUAAAGUUCUGCACGGUCAUGCUCAGUUGUGGCGCAACAUUCCACAUUUUAUCUAGUCAACGAUGGUGACUAAUUUUUACAGAAAAGUUUGUCAAGUGGUCAUCAUAAAAGUUGUAAAUUUAAAAGUUGAAUUGUUCAUUCAGUUAGUUGCUUUAAGUGCAACAGUUUCCUUGCUGUAAAGACCACAUAGCUCUAACUACUGUGAAUUUUUAAAGGUACAAAUUACAUAUAAAGUACGCUUUAAGUUGCGGAAUAGGUAUAAAGUGAGAGAUAAGCAAACUUAAGCGUGUACUUGAGGAAGUAACGUUUGUAAACUAGCUAUAAAGGUUAGAAACCUCCAAACAAGCGAACAAAACAACCAAAACGUAAUGAAUUUAAAAUGUGUUUAUAGGAAUGGCGCUGUCCAUACUUUGAGAUUUUAUGUAAUUUAUAACUUACAUUGAUGUUUAAUAUAUUUUGUAAAAUUUGUUUUUUCCUUUCACAGUGAUCGGACCGUUGCUAACUUGCUUUAACAUUAAACGUUAACUUGUAUUUAAUUAGCGUUAAAAUUUGGUUCUUUUUAUUUUCAAUUCUUCCAUUCUUAAAUUGAAAGAAGGUAAAAUUACAAAUCUUAACAUAAAGUAAAGUGCUUAGUCCUUAAAGAAUAAAUAAACUGUCUGCUUUAAAACAGGUUUCAGCAGGUAAACUCUAAGUAAUAUUGGUGUUCUCUAUGAAAAAGUUGAUUCCUAGUUGUGCACUGCGCAUGUCACUCCGUAUAACAAGAUGGCGGCCGUGCCACGUGGUGUCGUAAGGGAGCUUAAGCAACGACGACGACGGCGACGGCAACGAGAACGGCAAAAAAGCAAUAGGUUUAGAUUGGCAAAACAACAACUUUGCACGUGCAUCACGCUUUUUUGUACAUUUCUUCGCCGUCACUGCACGACUACGACGUGAAACGUCCUAGUUUCACGUUUUAUGGGGGACGGGAACACUUGACAACGAUUUUCUCUUUAUUUUUGUGAACUUAGAUACAGUCCUUUAGAAUUGAAACUCCUGAAAAAUUAAGUUAAAAGAGUUGCAGUAAGAGCGAUGAAGUUUAAAACAGCGCGAAUUUGCCGUUGCCGUGGUCGUUGCUCAAGCUCCCUAUAGAAAUGCGGUCGGCGACCCCUUCUUUGUGUACUGUAACGCUUUUAUAUCAUUUCCUUGACUUGUAACAACCUUGUAUCAAGCGGUUUAUUAGAAAAUCAGUGACAUGCUGUUUUACUAGAGAAUCAACUUUUCAGAGUAUUUACAUGUGAGAUUGCCAGGAAGAGGGAGAUAUCAGUGUGAAGGAAGGCUAGGAAUACGUGCAGAGAUAUAUUGUAUUCCUUCGAUUUCAUCUCUCCUUCCUGUUCUCUCUCCCCCGCCCCUUCUCGUUGCUCUCUUGAAACCGUUUUGGGUUCUCUCAAUAGUGGGUAGAUUGUUUGAUUAUGCGGACACCGGGCUUCAACAACUUUGAGCACAAUUAGGGCCUGUUUACAUGGAGGUGGGGUAGGGUAACCCCCCUGUCUAUAUAAUCUCUCAUUUUAAUGUGAUCACGUUUACAUGUUAGGUGGGGUAACCCGCCCCUUGUUACCUCACCUACCUGGAGUUCCCCACCUUCAUGUAUACAGGCUCUAAGACCAAACUCUUCACGCAAAUUGCGAAAUUUGUUGGGCGCCUGCGUUUUCCAUUAUUUGAGAGCCUGAAACGUAAUUUUGAUUGUAAUUGUUUGCUGUCAUCUUGCAACCGAUAUUUUUCACUGUUGAGACUGACUGAAACCUCAUAAAAGAACUGCUUUAGGCCAUUAAUUUGAACCACAAUGUGCAAAGUAAAAAAAAAAAACAAAACAAAACAGGAAAGUGUCGGCCGGGGUUCAGUUGUGAGAUGCACGCAAAGAAUGCAAUAGUCAUUUUCAGUCUAUUCAGCUGUUCCUUGUGUUACGUCUUUAUUUGGAGAUCUUUAAAUUUAGGCAUGUCCUAGGGACAGGCUAUAAAACAUAAUGACAAGUAUAUCACUCUUUUAUUUGAAUUUGUUUUCAGCGGAGUGACGCCGUCGAUUUUAUUGAGGAGGAUAUCAAUGGAAUUAUCAAGUUUUACCUACAAGACUCUCGACACGUGUUCGUCAAGUACGGUCGAGAUUCAAACGUUUUCAAAGCAAUAGAAGUGAACGGCCUUGGAAGAAUGCGAGUCGCUCUGCUGAAAAUUAACAGAUGGGGAAUCUAUCAGGCUUGGCGUAUGCACAACGUGAAACAAGCGUGGUAUCGGCUGCUGGAAAAUAAGGAAAGAAGAGAAAGGGAAGAGGAAGAAUCGCCUGCGCCUAAGGCUUCUACUAGCAAACCCUUGCCUGCUAAAAAGGCGGAAGACAGUGAAGACGAUGAUGGUGAUGAUGAUGAUGACGAUGAUGAUGAUGAUGACGAUGAUGACGACGACGAUGAUGACGAUGAUGAUGACGACGACGACGACGACGACGAUGAUGACGACGAAGAUGAGUCGAGGCCUGCAACUAAAAAGGCCGCUGCUAACAGGAAAGGAAAAAAAUGAAGAGAUGAAAUUAGAUUAGCUAUAAGUAACCUACCGGCGGUUUAGUACUGUAUAAAGAAAAUGCCACAAACUCAUACGUUAUUAGUUCAGUGGUGUAUAAAGACAAUGCUCUUAACCCAUACGUUGUUGAUUUAAAAUACCCGCACGUAUAAACUCGUUUCAGUGCAAAGAUAACGUUUAUUUUCAUCGAAAGACGAAGCAACUGGUAAAGUUGAAUCCAGUACCAAGCACCUGACAGAUGUUUGUACUUAAAACAUUUGAAGUAAUUUUGUAUAAUAGAAAGUGCUCUUUUGUGAGCGUCAUCUUUAAUGGAUGCCUCCUUUCUCCUCCGCAGGGACUUACUAUAAAAUAGUAAUAGUUAAAAACUGUAAGCGCGCGGUGGACGAUGGGAAGAGAGAAAAGGCGGGAGCUUCCUCUCUUUCCCCUUUCCCAUCGUCCCCCGGGCGCUUUCAUUUUUCCUGCCUCUCCCCAGCCUCCUGAGGGCCUUUGCGGAAGAGAGAGGGAUUCUUUGUAGAGAAAACCUUUUCCCUGUGGUUGAUUAUAUGUUUAGGGAAAUUCAUAAGGACACUUGGUGUGGAAGAGCAUGUAGAACAGGUUCCAGUUGUUCAAAAGGUGGAUAGUGCUAUCCACCGGAUAAAUCACUAUUCAGUGGAUACAAGGGCGGAUUUAGGGGAAGGGUGCAGGGGGUGCGCA